UAGUGGUCGUCUGCUAAUCGUUUAGCCGCCAUUUUUUAUGGGUUGUUCACGUUUUUGAUCUCGGUUUACUGUUUCUCGUCAAAUUGAUUUGUAAAUAAUGUCGAAGCCACAACAGAUAGUCGAUACACGAGCAGAGUUGACCGAGCUUGUAAAGCGGAGAGCCGAAAUAGCCGAUUCUCUUGCAACACUAGAACGGCAAAUUUAUGCAUUUGAAGGAAGCUAUUUAGAAGAUACUCAGCAAUAUGGUAACAUUAUCAGAGGAUGGGAUCGCUAUCUAACAAAUAAUAAUCGAAAUUCAACUAAUAGUAAGGCAGAUAAAAGAAACAGGAAAUUUAAGGAAGCUGAUCGACUCUUCUCGAAAAGUUCUGUCACUUCUGCUGCUGCUGUAAGUUCUAUUGCGGAACAACUUGAUAGAAUCGCCGGAGGUGGUGAUGGUCGUUCAGGUGUCGACUACUCAGGAGAAAUUGGCAAUGAGAAUGGAGGAAAUUCCCUGUCUUCAAUGCUCUCAGAUACCAGUUCAAAUAAGCAUGGCUCUCAAAGUGGACCAAUUCGCAGUCAAAAAAAGGGAAAAAAUAAAGGAAGGCAUAAAAUUGGUAUGGAUCUUAAAGUUGAAAGAGAUGCGUAGGAAACUUAGUCUAAUAGAGUAAAAGCUAUUUUUAUAUGUUGUUUAAAGAGAAAAAAGCUCCUGAAACCUAUAAUUUAAAUAAACUAGCAAAACCAAACUAUUAUUUAUAAAAUAUCUCUGUUAAACUACAAGGGAAAUGAGAGGAAGACUUAAAAAGAGAGAAAAAACGAUUUAAAAGCCCAGUAAAACAAUUGAGACAAUUCUUAAUAGGAUAUAAUUAGAAUCUGGUUUUUUUUUUAAUUAAUUAAUCUUACUUACAUAAAUAAGACAUUUCUAAG